UUUAUAUAACACUACACAAAACUGCAAACAGACAAGAGACCUCUGAACUCUGGACAAUUAAUAAGCUAAAGAAAUGCAGCGUGGUAUGACGGAGAGAGAAUUGACCUCAAAGCAAGGAGGACUUGGGUUUAAAUGCAGGCCCAGACAGAUGCUGGACAUGUGAUCCUAGACAUACUUUAAGAGUAAGAAGAACGAUAUACCUUUCCAUGAUAUGGGAACAGAAAGUCCACUCACUAAGAAAUUUCAAUCAAGGGCCUGAAACUGAGAAAUAAAAGAAGACAAACACAUGCAUCACAGCAGUGGAUACUCGCUAUAACUCCUCCAAAUAAUGUGUAGACGCUUCUACAUCAGUCCUUGGUCUUGGCUGUAUUCAAAGAAGCUUAUUACAAAUUUGUGUCUCAAGGUCUGUGGACUUCCAGUUUUAACUGUUUUGUGACUCUAUAUUCCUUUCUUACAUGCCUUGAAAUGGUCACAUGAACUCCUGAGGAGUGGUAUUUGCACCAUAUCAACUUCUAUUCACUAUGGCACUUUAGGAGAUAAUAUUCAAAAGCAUUUUUAAAAUAAUUUUUUUAAUUUAAAAAAUGAAUCUUAUUGUGAAGGUUCGAAGAAGCUUUCGAACAUUGAUUCUUCUCUUAGCCACCUUCUGCUUGGUAAGCAUUGUCAUUUCUGCUUAUUUUCUCUACACGGGCUACAAACAAGAGGUGACACUUAUUGAAACCACCACAGGGGCAGAAUGUGCUGACCUCAAACUUCUACCCUACCGGUCAAUGGAGUUGAAGACAGUCAAACCUAUUGAUACAUCGAAGACAGACCCGACAAUUCUCUUGUUUGUGGAAAGCCAAUACUCUCAGCUUGGCCAAGAUAUUGUAGCCAUCUUGGAGUCCAGUCAAUUUCAGUAUCACAUGGUCAUUGCUCCAGGCAAGGGAGACAUCCCUCCUCUUACUGAUAAUGGCAAAGGAAAAUAUAUAUUGGUUAUCUAUGAAAAUGUUUUGAAAUAUGUUACCAUGGACUCAUGGAAUCGAGAGCUUUUGGAAAAAUACUGUGUGGAGUACAGUGUUAGUAUAAUUGGUUUUCAUAAAGCCAAUGAGAAUAGCUUACCAAGUACAAAAUUAAAAGGUUUUCCCCUGAACCUUUAUAAUAACAUAGCCCUAAAAGAUUGUUUUGUAAACCCUCAGUCUCCUUUGUUGCAUAUUACCAAAGCACCAAGGGUUGAGAAAGGCCCACUGCCUGGAGAAGACUGGACUAUUUUCCAAUUCAAUCAUUCAACCUAUCAACCUGUUCUCUUAACGGAGUUACAGACUUCAAAGCCCAUUGAAGUUCCCUUGUCUAGUACCAAUCUGUAUGCUACAGUGAUUCAGGAUUUGGGGCUUCAUGAUGGGAUUCAGCGUGUCCUUUUUGGAAACAACUUGAAUUUUUGGCUGCACAAGCUCAUUUUCAUAGACGCCAUCUCUUUCCUGUCAGGAAAGAAGCUCACAUUGUCAUUGGACAGAUAUAUCCUUGUUGACAUUGAUGACAUCUUUGUUGGCAAGGAAGGAACAAGGAUGAAUAUCAAGGAUGUAAAGGCAUUACUAGAGACUCAAAAUUUACUGCGCACUCAGGUUGCAAAUUUUACCUUCAACCUUGGAUUUUCAGGGAAGUUUUACCACACAGGAACAGAAGAGGAAGAUGAAGGGGAUGACCUCUUGCUGGGGUCUGUGGAUGAGUUCUGGUGGUUUCCUCAUAUGUGGAGUCACAUGCAGCCCCAUCUCUUCCACAACGAGUCAUCCCUGGUGGAGCAGAUGAUUCUCAACAAGGAGUUUGCACUAGAGCAUGGAAUUCCUAUCAACAUGGGCUAUGCAGUGGCCCCACACCAUUCAGGGGUCUACCCAGUCCAUAUACAACUUUAUGAAGCUUGGAAAAAAGUCUGGGGUAUCCAGGUCACAAGCACAGAAGAGUAUCCACAUCUUAAACCUGCACGAUACAGACGAGGAUUCAUCCACAAUGGCAUCAUGGUGCUCCCUCGACAGACGUGUGGAUUAUUUACCCACACAAUUUUCUAUAAGGAGUACCCAGGAGGGCCUCAAGAACUAGACAAAAGUAUCCAAGGAGGAGAACUUUUUCUCACUAUCCUUCUGAAUCCCAUGAAGAAAAUAAGGCCAAGGAGCUUAAAACAUGUGCCCAAGAUCACCUACUCAAUCAGCAUUUUCAUGACCCAUUUGUCCAACUACGGGAAUGACCGCCUGGGGUUAUAUACCUUUGUGAACUUGGCCAACUUUGUGCAGAGCUGGACAAACCUGAGACUGCAGACUCUUCCUCCAGUGCAGCUGGCUCACAAGUACUUUGAGCUCUUCCCGGAGCAGAAAGACCCUCUCUGGCAGAAUCCAUGUGAUGAUAAACGACACAGGGACAUCUGGUCCAGAGACAAAACUUGUGACCAUUUACCAAAAUUCCUUGUGAUAGGACCUCAGAAAACAGGGACAACUGCACUUUAUUUAUUUCUACUUAUGCAUCCUUCCAUCAUCAGCAAUCUCCCCAGUCCAAAAACAUUUGAAGAAGUUCAGUUCUUUAAUGGAAACAACUAUCAGAAGGGAAUUGACUGGUAUAUGGAUUUUUUCCCCAUCCCCUCCAAUAUUACCAAUGAUUUUCUCUUUGAGAAGAGCGCUAACUACUUCCAUUCAGAGGAAGCUCCCAGGAGAGCUGCAUCUCUUGUUCCCAAGGCCAAGAUCAUCACCAUUCUCAUUGACCCCUCGGACAGAGCAUACUCCUGGUACCAGCACCAGCGAUCUCAUGAGGAUCCAGCUGCCUUGAGGUUUAAUUUCUAUGAAGUUAUUACAACAGGACAUUGGGCCCCAUCUGAAUUAAAAAUGCUACAGAAGAGAUGCCUGACCCCUGGAUGGUAUGCAGUCCACAUAGAGAGAUGGUUGACUUAUUUUUCUACUUCUCAGUUGCUGAUUAUUGAUGGACAACAGUUGAGAUCUGACCCAGCUACUGUGAUGGAUGAAGUGCAGAAGUUUCUGGGAGUUACUCCUCAUUAUAACUACUCAGAAGCUCUAACGUUUGACCCUCAAAAGGGAUUUUGGUGUCAGCUACUAGAAGGAGGAAAAACCAAAUGCCUUGGGAAAAGUAAAGGCCGAAAAUACCCACCAAUGGAUCUAGAGUCUAGAGCAUUCCUCUCCAGUUAUUACCGAGAUCAUAAUGUGGAACUGUCCAAACUUCUGCACAGACUGGGGCAACCUCUGCCAUCAUGGCUGAGACAGGAACUGCAGAAACAAAUAUAUAUAUUGAAUACCUUCUCACCAUAGCAGAUGCUAAAGGAUAUAAAGAUGAAUAAGACGUGGUCUCUUCCUGCCAAGUAGCUGGUAGGAAUUAGAAGGUGUGGAAUCAGAAAUCAGAGAUCAAGACUAGAAGGGAACUUAGAGGCCAGUAAGUCCAAACCUCUUGUUUUUAAAAAUAGGGAAACUGAGGCCCAGAGAGGCUAUGUGAUUUGCUUAAUGUCACACAGAUACUAAGUAUCAUAGGUGGGAUUGGAACCCAAGUUAUCUGACUCUGGAACUCCUUGUAUUACUGUACCAUGCUGCCCCAAGGAUUUGCUCUCUUCUGUUUAUCAUCUUUUGCUGUGUGGCUCAAACAUAAGGUUCACAUUUAUACACCUGCAGUAGCUUGGGUGACUGUCAUUGUAUUGUGGGGUUUUUUGUUUGUUUGUUUUGUUUGUUUGCUUUUUGAUGAGGCAAUCGGGGUUAAGUGACUUG